AUGAACAGGAGAUUGGAGGAUAACUUUGCCUCAUGCGACUUUGGCUCCGGCAGGAAGGCAGGCAGAGCCGGCCACCAGAAAACAAAUUCAGACACUUUCCCCAACCCACGGCCGCAGAAGUGCAACUUGCCGACCGAUUGCGCCAUGCGAGUGCUCAAAGUGGGUCUCUUGUCGGUCUCGCACGUCUGCAACAGUCUGCGAGUUGCUCUUCCGUCCUCCUGCUUCCGAGGGGGUGGAGGUUGGGAGUUUGAUUACCCAUCCGAGAAGGAGACCGAUAGGAGGUCCUCUCUUGCCGUCAGAGGACAGCGUCGACUCCAGCACAGACUGCCUGCAUCAAUUCGAGUAACGCUGCCUCUGAAGACCCACAAACCUCAUCUCAAUUCGCCACGAAACAGCUGUUCCUCCCGCCUCGUCGUCUCGAGGCAGAAGGGGUGCACCUCACACCAGUUUACUGCUCACCGGCCCUCUUUUCAAGGCAAUUUUGAUUAUCCUUUCGUGCCGGGUGCCAAUGGGCGUGGGGAAACUAGCUUCCGAGGUGCUUCAAGAUUGGCUUUUCCUGCACCUGGCUCCUUGGGGUUCUACAGCGUACGGUGA